AUGAGGGACAGUCCUGGCUUUAACCGGCGGCCCGAGGUCCUCACAGGGUCCUCGGAGGAGGAGGCAGGAGGCAGCCGCAGGACACUCGGCACCAGAAGGCCCCCUGAGGACCUGGCAUUCCUGACGCUGUUGGACAUGCUCACGGAGAUCUCGGAGUGGCUGGAGAAGCACCCCCGGGAGGUGGUCCCCUUAGCCUGCAGGAACUUUCAGGGCCUGAGCACGGACCUGCACAAGUACCUGGUCACUUGCAUCCAGAACAUCUUUGGGGACAUGCUGUGCCCACGGCGGGAGGUGCCGACGCUGCGCCUGCUGUGGGCGCGGAGCCAGCAGGUGAUCAUCUUCUGUGAGGACGAGGACACCCUGAGCUGGCACAGGGAGCUGUCAACGGGGGUCCGCUACUGGUGGGGCAACAAAGUGAAGGUGCAGGAGCUGAUCCGCUACCUGGAGGGCAUGAAGAGCAGCGGCCGCCCAGGUACCUGGAGCUACUCCUGCACAGGGCCAGACUGA